UAAUUACACGGCAUUAAGAUAAUGUUAAUUAUACAUAUUGAUUACAUGCAUACACAAAUGCAAUUUCGCUCAUACGGGACACGUAUGUCCGACGCGUAUGAUAUUCAACGGUUUACGGGUCUCCAAUCACCACGUGUCUACAAAUGUAGAUUUCACUUAGAUGAGCCAAUUCGCCUAAAAAUAUCCCUAAAUACAUAUAUCGAACAAACUGUGUAUCCAUCAAAUUUUUUAACGAGCAAACGACGAUGGACUUCUCACAAUAUCGGAAAAUAUUGGUUUACGUUCUGACAUUUCUCGCUUACGCGUGGUCCGGUUAUGGUGCUGGAUUAUUGGGAAAUCUACGAGAUGCUGUGUUAACGGCCGAAUCGGUGUUUCAAGAUUUAUUUGAAAAUGCCAUAACCGUAGCGAAAAAAAUCAAGGAUAUACAUGAGGUAUUCGAUGCCGCUGUUGAAGAAAAUUGUGUUUUCUAUUGUCCCGGAGGAGUUACACCAAAAGCGGAUUGGAAUCACAAACCACAGAGUAACGGAUGCGGCUCGUUGGGAAUAGAGAUAAACCAAGAGUAUCUGCCUUUAGCAGAAAUGACAAAGUGUUGCGAUCAACACGACAUCUGUUAUGACACAUGCAAUUCGGACAAAGAAAAGUGCGAUUUAGAAUUUAAAAGAUGUCUGUACAAAUACUGCGACGGAUAUCAAAGUUCUGGAAUAACGAUUGUCAAUACCUGCAAAGCAGCUGCAAAAAUGCUAUUCACGGGUACUACGGCCCUAGGAUGUAAGAGCUAUAUGGAUGCUCAAAAAGAAGCUUGCUAUUGCGGAGAUAAAUGGAGUAAAAAUAAAAAACCUAAAAAGGCUGCACAAGCCGGUGGGGAAUUGUAAUUUAGUUAUUUGUAAUUAGCGUUUCUCCUUAUGUAAUUUACUUAUUUAAAAUUUGCGUCGUCUCUAUGUUCCCUUACCUUUGUAUAUAAUCCAUUAUCGAGAGUACAUAAAAUAUUUUGUAUUUAAAACAAAAACAUUAAUAUAUCGUUACGUUACAUAGAUGUACACAAAA